GUGAGAGGCCCAGAGAGCCGGCGAGAGGGGAAGGGAAGAUCAGUUACAGCAGGCAAGCAAGUGAUCUGGGAACAGAGAGAGUGUAAAAGUAGUUUGUGUUGUAGAACAGAAACAAGGCAAAAAAAAAAAGACAGGGUUUUAUCUGUCCAGAAGACUUAGUUUGGAAGGGACAGGUCAGGCGGGCAGGGGGCAGUGCCAAAGACAGACAGACAGACAGACAGACAGACAGACAGACAGACAGACAGACAGGGAACACCUGGACCAAGCAGGGCAUUGAGUUACUUUUGAGUAACAGGAAGCGUUCUCUGAGUUUUUACAGCCUCUCUCUCUUAGCUCAGCUGCAGAACAAUAGCAGAGGUCUGCAGUUGUGUUGCUGUGAUUAGAGAAGAGCAUGUUUGACUGUAUGGAAGCUCUGGGGCUGGCCCCGCGGCCCCUCUUUGAUGUGUCCGGACAAGGCUCCUGCAUGCUAGGAAAGGCCACCCCUUACUUCUCCGGCCUGGACCCCUUCGCCUGGGCCGGGACAAGCAGCAUUCAGUCGGUGGAGACCCAGAGCACCAGCUCAGAGGAGAUGGUGCCCAGCUCUCCCUCUCCCCCUCCUCCUCCUCGGGUCUACAAACCCUGCUUUGUGUGCCAGGACAAGUCAUCUGGUUAUCACUACGGAGUGAGCUCCUGUGAGGGCUGCAAGGGUUUCUUCAGGCGUAGUAUCCAGAAGAACAUGGUGUAUACCUGCCACAGAGACAAGAACUGUCAAAUCAAUAAAGUGACCCGCAACCGCUGCCAGUACUGUCGGCUGCAGAAGUGCUUUGAGGUUGGCAUGUCCAAAGAAGCGGUGCGUAAUGACAGGAACAAAAAGAAGAAGGAUGUGAAGGAGGAGGUGGUGCUGCCGGAGAACUAUGAGCUGAGUGGAGAGCUGGAGGAGCUGGUGAACAAAGUCAGCAAAGCUCAUCAGGAGACCUUUCCAUCUCUGUGCCAACUAGGAAAAUACACCACAAAUUCAAGUGCUGACCACAGAGUACAGCUGGACUUGGGCCUGUGGGAUAAGUUCAGUGAGCUCUCCACUAAGUGCAUUAUAAAGAUUGUGGAGUUUGCCAAGCGGCUACCAGGCUUCACUACGCUCACCAUCGCUGACCAGAUCACCCUCCUCAAAUCUGCAUGUCUGGACAUCCUGAUGCUGAGGAUAUGCACUCGUUACACACCAGAGCAGGACACAAUGACCUUCUCGGACGGCCUGACUCUCAACAGGACACAGAUGCAUAACGCCGGCUUUGGUCCACUCACGGACCUGGUGUUUGCCUUCGCUGGUCAGCUGCUGCCUUUGGAGAUGGACGACACAGAGACGGGGCUGCUCAGUGCCAUCUGCCUGAUCUGUGGAGACCGUAUGGACCUGGAAGAGCCGGGGAAGGUAGACAAGCUGCAGGAGCCGCUGCUAGAGGCUCUGAAGAUCUACACCCGCCGCAGACGCCCAAACAAGCCUCAUAUGUUUCCGCGUAUGCUGAUGAAAGUCACGGACCUCCGAGGAAUCAGCACCAAAGGUGCAGAAAGAGCCAUCACACUGAAGACAGAGAUUCCAGGGCCCAUGCCUCCACUGAUCAGGGAGAUGCUGGAAAACCCCGAUGCCUUCGAGGACAGCAGUGACUCAGGGGACAGCGCUGCUGCAGCUCCCGCCGCUCCACCCGCUCCCCCCGCCAUUCAAGCCAUCAAGCAAGAGGAGAAAGCCACAUAUGAGUCACCCGUCGAGGAGGAAGAGGAGGAGGAAGAGGACGACUACUGGGAUGAAGAGAAAGAGCGAGGGGCGGACAGUGACGGGGAGCCGUGGGGGGAGGCGGCGGCGGCGGCCACAUGCAAAAGAAAGGUGUGACUGGGAAAAACACAGUGAGAGAGACACGAUGACGCUGCUUCCUCCUCCAGUUCACUGAGCCCUCGCCCAGCAAUAUCUCCAAGAAAAACCUCACAGAAUUAGGCUCUUAUACAAUAACAUGCUGCAUACAGCACAUAUUUACAUAUACUGUACAUAUACUGGACUGAAAGGAAAGUGUGUUCAGUUCAGCAUAAGACACAUGGAAUGGGAGAAGCGCAAGCACUAAACAUCAGUGGGUUGAGGAGAGCACCAUUUCAAAUCACUGUGCCAAAAUGAGACUGUCUAAAAGAUAUUUCAAAAGUGUUUCGUCCACACAGAGAGGAACAAGAGGUGGUGGACAGAAGAAAAUGCACUCCUCUGCUAUCUAUAAGGGCUAUGCUUUGUAUAAAAUUGAUGGUAAAAUUACAUUGUAACAACAGAACUCUAUGUGUUGUCCAUUUGCCGCCAACGUCUUCUCAAAUUUCCUUUUAUUACUAUUCAGAGAUAUGCUACUUAUUUUUUUAUUGUAUGGUUUUCCUAAGCAUGUACACAUUUCUGUUCUGACUUUAUGGUUGUUUGCGGGACUGUUUUUUUUUUUUGUUUGUUUUUUGUAUAUUUUCUCUCAGUCCUGCUCAUAAUUGACUGGACAUAUGUGUUUUUAAACUCUUUAAUUUUAUGCAUUUCUUGCAUUUAUUGGACACACUAAAAAGCAACAGCAAAGAUAGGAAAGAGCAAUAGCAAAGCGAGAGCAGGUCAUGAGCAGGACUCAAACUCACAGUGUGACAAGCACAUAGUGUGUAAGUUCGCCUUCUAAUUCAUGCAAAUCUCUGGUGGUUACAACAUCUGAAAGAGAAUGAUAAUGUACUGUCAACUCUGGUGCUUUUGAUCCAAAUGAGAUUCUGACAAAGAAUGCAAAACAAAUACAGCAACAUAUCUUCACCUCUCAACAAAAAUAAAUACUUACAAUUCGAAUAAAAUAAAAUAAAAAAAAUACUAGACUAAAGAAUCUAAAGCGUAGAUUUAACAUCAACACACAAGCUCAGGUUGAUUCUAUCAGGGCCACGUCUCACCUGUCAGUAUUUUCUAAGAAAACUGCUGGUGUGAAUGCUCUGUCGGUAACUUCCCCAUCCUCAACAACAAAGAUCUUCUUUCAUCAAGGAGAAGGAACGAUUACAAAUUUAAGUUGUUGGCUGUGCUGUACUCAGAGGUAAGCCAUAAGAUUUUCAUUGUGUAAGUGUGAGUCAUCAAAUCAUCUAAACAAAUAUAACCCUUAAAAGCAGUUUACUUCAGAGAAAACCUCAGGUGUGUAUGUGUGUGUGUGUGUGUGUGCGUGUGCGCGUGCAUGAACGUGUAACUGAAAGCAUUUACCAAUACACAGAGUGAUGUUGUAAAGAUGUGACUGUCAUUACCGCCAUAAUCCGCAGUGAGCAUAUUAUGCAAAAGUCAAAUUAAGAGUAUCUCAUAAAGGCACACAAAAUGGGUUUUGUAGUAAAAAAAAACAAAAAAAAAAACAAAAGGCUUUUUAAAAGAUUUCAAAGCAAUCACUCACCUCCUGGUGGACAGUAGGACAUUGAUGCAAGCUGAUAAAAAAUCACAGAAAUAGCAAUAAAUAUUGCACUUCACAUCUUUGAGGUUGCAGCCGUCCAACAUCAUCAACAAAACAAAUAAUUGACAUUGGGCGACGUGCCCGCUGAAGCAUAGGACGACAGUUUGAAACAGUGUGUGUUCAUGUGUGCUGUAUCUAAGAAGUGAUGCAAAAACAUGGAUUUUGUAAAAUAAAUAACUAUAAUUUGUUUUUCACUGAGACUAUACAAGUUUUUUUUUUAAUGUAAGAUGUAUAAAAUUGUUUCAUUCUUUGUGUAAUGAAAGACAAUGUGAGUCUUAUUGAACUCCUUGAUAGUUGUAAGGGAAAAGAUUCUCCAUCAGCACGUUGUCCUCCACGGCGCCAAAGCAUUACAGCAGAACCGCUGCAACACAGUUGAUGUGGCUUGUCCAUAUAGGAGGGAUAAAAAUUAAGUUUCAAGUGAGAAGCAGAAGAACGGCUCCUAUAAGAUCGUUGUGCCAAUACACCAGUAGUUCUGAAGUUAGAUGGGUCUUUAGCACCAGAUGUAAAGCCAUCAAGGACACAGAAAUUGAUCUAAGUAUUAAACAAUCAACAAUGACACCAUUAUGAUGUUUUUUUUUUCUUAGACUCUUGAAUUGUGAUUUUGCGAUUCCAGGACAGAAUCAUUACAACCAUGUGACUGAGGUAAACCUUGAGUGUUUUUUUUCUCACUCUGUGUCUUUUCCUCCGUCAAACACACAAAGGCGCACACAAACACAAACACACACACACACACACACAGAGUCGAUAUUUUGCACAUCAUCAGCCAAUUCUACAUACUAUGUUAUUGAGUAUUUAAAUAUGUUUCUGCAUCUCAUAAGCAUGAUUAUUUCAUAAUAAAUUGUUUUCCUGUUUCUAUUAUCUAUUUUUCUUUUCUCUAAUUUGAGCUGGUGCAAUAAAUAAGCCUUGGGAGAGACCGCAAAAGCCAAAGCUCUAUACAAAGCAUGUGAAUAAAAAAAAAAAAAAAAAAUUGAAAAAGGCCAAAGA